AUGAAAAGAAGAACAAACGAAACGACGGACAGCAAAGGAAAGUACCACAGGCUGAAGAGGACCAGCGAUGAUGGCUUCAAUGAUCUUCAGUUUAAAGGUCCUCCAGAAAAAGUGCCAUACAAAGCCAUAACAUUAGCAUGUGUCUUAUUUAUCUUUGGUUUUCUUCUCAUACUUAUUGGGUCCUUGCUUUUGUCAGGACACAUAAAUGCAGAAUAUUCUGACAGGACAUGGCCCCUUCUAAUAUUAGGCAGCCUGAUGUUCAUCCCUGGAUCUUACCAUGUGUACAUUGCAUACAAAGCUUGGAAAGGCGCUGAAGGGUACUCCUUUGAUGACAUUCCAGAAUUCGAUGACUAA